AUGUCACCUCCUCAGGCCACAAUUUCCGCAUCGUGGCAUUUUUGUCCGCAACAUUAUUUGCUUCCUCCCAAGUUUCCAAAGGGCGCUGAAAAUGACGUCCUCAGCAACCCACCAGCUGGGGCUAGCUCCAUGGUUAAAAGUCCAGUCACUCCUAACUCCUGCCUGUUCAACAUUUGUUUCAGUUCAGUUGACACCCAAGUCAUCGGGAUUGACUCCUUCAUUCUUCACUGCUCUUUCUUUUUGCCAGAGUCUGUUGCUACCUUGAGCCUCUCAACAACUUUAUCCUACAGUCGGUAUAAGUCUUCAGCUGUUUUAGCCUUGUAG